AUGGAAGCAAGAGGACAAAGAAGAGGAGUGUUGUCUUGGUGGGUAGCUCUCGGUUUUUCAGUGACGCUCAGCUGUGCGGUCCAUGUCUCUGCUCAGAUAAAAUAUUCUAUUCCCGAGGAAGUUAAAGUGGGAUCUGUUGUUGGAAAUGUCGCCAAGGAUCUGGGGUUAGAUGUGUCAACGCUGAAAGAAAGACAAUUUCGCAUUGUCUCCGGAACGGAAGAUGCUCAUUUUACAGUAAACCCAAACAAUGGAGUGCUGUAUAUACAUAAAACUGUCGACCGGGAGGAGCUCUGUGAAAAUAUUUCCCCAUGUUUGUUAAACUUGAAAAUCGUUGCAGAGAAUCCCAUGGAAAUUCAUUAUGUGGGAGUGGAAAUCAUCGACGUUAAUGACAAUUCACCUAGUUUUCAAGAGGAGGACAGAAUCUUGGAAAUUUCUGAAUCUAUUCCCCCUGGCAAACGCUUCCAGUUACCAGCUGCACGCGAUGCAGAUGUUCUUUCUAACACGGUUCGUGUGUAUAGACUGAAUCAAAAUGAGUAUUUUAGUGUGCAAAUUCGAGAGAGAGGUGAAGAUAAAAUACCAUUCUUGGUUUUGCAAAAGCCUUUGGAUCGAGAAAAACAUGUUGAGCAUAAACUGACGCUGACAGCAGUUGACGGAGGGAGUCCUCCGAGGUCCGGAACUGUAAAUAUCACCGUGAUUGUCCUCGAUUCAAAUGACAAUCAUCCAACGUUUAGCCAAGAAGUAUAUUCUGUAACAAUACCUGAAAAUAUAAGAUCAAAUACAAGUGUGAUUUCCGUCAAAGCAACUGAUCUGGACGAGGGUUCGAAUGGAGACGUUGAAUACUUUUUUGGGGACGAAAUCAGCCCUAUAUUAAAUGAUAUGUUCAGUAUAGACAAAGACACAGGUGAAAUACGAGUGAAGGGAGAAAUAGAUUUCGAGAAGACCAAUGUAUAUAAAUUAGAUGUCCACGCCAGGGACAAAGGACAGCCUCCAAUACAUACUGACUGCAGGGUGAUUAUAAAAAUAAGAGACGAAAAUGAUAACAAACCAAAAAUCGAAGUGACUUCUCUCUCAAAAACUGUGUCAGAAAGUUCUACACUUGGAACUGUAGUUUCUUUAAUAAGUAUAACAGACCAAGAUGCUGGAUUAAAUGGUAAAGUUAUAUGCAGCAUUUCAGGUGAUGUUCCAUUUGAUUUAAAACCAUCAUUUCAAGAUAAUAUGUACUCUGUUGUUGUAAAGGAACAUUUGGAUCGUGAAUCGGUUUCUCAUUAUGACGUCAUAAUAAAAGCUACAGACUGUGGUCAGCCUCCACUGUCCACAUUUAAAACCCUGAGCAUCGAUGUAGCUGAUGUUAAUGACAAUAGGCCAGAUUUUUUGAAUAAUCCCACUGAAAUUUACCUGUUUGAAAACAAUGUCCCUGGAAAUCCCAUAUUUUCUGUAAGUGCUUCAGACAAAGAUUUGAAUGAAAACGCAGCUUUAACUUACCAUAUUUUUAGAGAGGAACAUAGGUAUCAGAAGAUUGCUGCAUUUCUAAACAUAAAUUCAGAAAAUGGACAAAUAUCAGCUCUGAAAAGUUUCGACUUUGAAAUUCUGAAAAAGUUUCAGUUCCAAGUUGUAGCCACAGAUUCUGGAACUCCGUCACUCAGCAACAACGUGACAGUCAACGUGUUCAUUCUGGAUCAAAACGACAACGCUCCAGUCAUCCUGUAUCCACUCAGCUCCAACGGCUCUGCUGAAGGUGUGGAGGAGAUUCCCCGAAAUGUCAACGCAGGACACCUGGUGACUAAAGUCAGAGCCUAUGAUGCUGAUAUAGGAUAUAACGGCUGGCUGUUGUUCUCACUGCAGGAAGUUACUGACCACAGUCUCUUUGGUUUGGACCGCUACACAGGACAGAUCAGGACACUUCGUUCAUUCACAGAGACAGACGAGGCUGAACAUAAACUGGUCAUCCUGGUCAAAGACAAUGGCAAUGUCUCACUGUCAGCAACAGCGACUGUGAUUGUCAAACUUGUGGAGCCUAAAGAGGCUUUUGCAGCUUCUGAUGUGAAAAGUGCUGCAAAAGUGGAGGAGGAGGACAAUGUUACAUUUUAUCUGAUGGUAACUCUGGGAGCUGUUUCUCUACUCUUCAUCAUCAGUAUCAUCGUUUUGAUUGCAAUGCAGUGCUCCAAAUCCACAGACUACACUUCGAAAUAUCUACAAGAAACUAAUUAUGAUGGAACACUGUGUCACAGCAUUCAGUACAGAUCCGGAGAUAAACGAUAUAUGCUAGUUGGGCCCAGAAUGAGUAUUGGAUCUACAAUUGUUCCUGGCAGUCACGCAAAUACACUGGUGCUCCCAGACAGGAGGAGGGCAUCUGAAGAGGUAAGAUGAAU